UAAUUUUGAAACAAGCCUGUGAAUAAUUUAUACGAAAACUUCGCACGGAACCUUGGUUGACUUUCAUAAAACGCAGCAUUCCGUGCGAAAGCAACUCAGUAGGUUCACGAGAGUUAAUUUGAAGCGUGUUACAGAAACUUUGUACACUUCUCGAUGGUAAACAGUGUUUAACACUGACGAUCGACGAUGUCCAAGAGAUUCCCCAAGACGCAGCAGCAGUUCGUCUACUACAACAACGCCAAGCCGAAGAUUCGAAGACUCGAUGGUUCGGAGGGCGUGGUACGAACAAUCGGAAAAACUGUUAAAGUCGUUGACGCAAAAUCCACCCACGCGAUAGAUCCUUCGGAGGAUACCAAAAAUAUUCCAACGGUUCGAGACGUCGUGAACGACUUUUUGGCGAGCACUUCCGUACACGGCUUGCAAUACUUUGGCAAACUCAGCAUAAAAGUCGGGUUCUAUGGGAAGAUUAUGUGGUUCUGCGCCAUGCUCACCGGAUUCGUAUGUACGUGACUAAAAGUGUGCGAGAUAUUCAGGAUACAGCAAAUCUCCAGGAACGUGUUUUAUUAGGCGACUGUCAAGGGUUUCGUUUCAGGUUUAAGCCUGAUGGUGAUACAAUUCAUGCAACGUUACGAAGAGGAUCCGACGAACACGUACAUAAAAGAUUUCGACUAUCCAAUUUUCAAGAUGCCGUUCCCAGCCGUUACCAUUUGCCCUUUCUCGCCCAUUUCGCUCCAAAGACGCUUGAAAAUUAUGGACGGCGCCAUUUUGCCGGAAAACGUAACCAGAGAAUUGGCGAUGACUUUCUUAAAAUACGGCCAUCACAUAAUGUUGCCCUACACUCCUGUAAAGAAGUACAAGCACAUGGACAAGUUGCAAAUGUUCCUGAAGGUGAACAAAUGGACCGUGAUGGAUUUUGUGAAGAACCUGAAACCCUGCGAGGAUGUGGUCGAAGCGUGUUGGUGGAGCAGCGAGCGAAUCGAUUGCAACAAGUUCAUCAAGAUCUCGCUCACUUUCUACGGAUGCUGCUGCUCCUUCAAUUAUCUUCUCGAAGAAUUCGUGGGACGCGAAAAACAACAGCCGACCCCGAGGCCACUAGCCUCCGUCGAUUUCGGUCGGAGGAGCGGACUGAAGCUAGUGAUAAAGAAGGAUGUCCUCAACGAUGACGACAUCGGCGAGAACGAACUUGAUGAAGUAAUUACUAACAACGAUGGCGUUUUGGUGAUCGUUCAUCACAGCAUGGAGUUUCCAGGAUUCAACACCAAUUCGUACGCCGUGCAGAAGCACCGCGAGAUGCAGAUCAGUAUAAAGGGAGAGGUCAUUAUAAAGCCGGAAGGAUUGGAUCAUCUCAACUCGGCAAACCAAAAGGUCCCUGUGUGCAUCCCGGGAAACAUAAAUACCUUGGAAUAUUUUCCCACUUAUCGGUACUUGAACUGCUACACGAAUUGCAGAAUAAAAAUGAUGAUUGGCGUCUGCGGAUGCUUGCCGUACAUCUUCAACAACAUAGCAGAGUAUUACAAAAUCAAACGUUGCGGCUUGAAGGGACUGAUCUGCAUUCAGGAGCACUCGAAAGAGAUAAGUAUCGUCAAGGACGUCAUUAUGCCAAAUUUUACCUGCUCUUGUCGUGCACCGUGCCAAGAACAGGUUUACGACAGUUUUCCCAACUUGAUGCACCUGACCAAAACCAACUCUUCGUCUAGCUACACACAUGUAUCGGAAGAGAGCGCUGUUUUAAGGGUCUUCAUGAAUUCGCAAGUCUUUCAGAUCACAGAAACGUUGCCAGCGGCCGACGAGGUGUAUCUCUUAGCGUCGAUUGGAGGGAUUUUUAGUCUGUUCCUCGGCUGUAGUUUCCUAAGCCUGGUCGAGAUCGUUUAUUUCGGUGGCUUGCUGUGUCGUGCAAUUUUCUUACGGCCUAAAAUCAAAUCAACCUCGAAGAGGAAGCGAAUCGUCCACGAUAGUCACGUUGAUCCUCCAUCGUAUAAUUAUUGAUCGUUAGUAAGUAUACGCAGACACGUGUAUCACGGAUCGAUUAAACGUUUCGCUUUUCUCUUUCUUUGUGUCUUCAAACACCCUUUCUAUCGCGGAAUGGAACAGGGAAACGGGUCAGCUCUACGAAUCGAUGGCUUGGUUCGGGAGAUCUAUUGUGUAACGCCGCUGGCAUACGUGGAGCACCAAGAAUCUGGAGCAAUUAGAUCUAUUUCGAGCGAUUACUGGAACGCCGCGAACAUGUUUACAUCCACGACGGUAAAAAUAUUUACUACGGCCAGUUUCCGCUUUGAAGUUCGUCUGACGACGAAUCGUGUUCCUGACGAGGAGACAUUUAGUCGAAACCAUUCGAGAGCUAGAGAGUAGUGGCUAUGCCGAUCCAACGAGCUAGCUUCGUCUCAGGUUUCAAAAAAAACUUAACUUCUUUAUUAAAGGACUGCCACUGUAAUGGUUACAAUUAACUAUCGCAAAAAGCAAUCCCCUUUCAAACGUUACGCGACAUUCGCUGAAAAUAUAUUAUUUUAUCCGAAAAAUUAAAAUUUCAAAUAAACGAAACUCAGUCGCAAAAAACAGUCGCGAUACAUGGAAAGCGGUCGAGAAACGUUUCUCCGCGGUAUUUCUAUUUAUACGUAAAGAUUCGUAAUCGAAUAAAUCGGUAAUUCGAUCCUGGAGAAACAGCAACGGUCUACGGUUACGCAACGAUCGAGGAGGAUCCGUCGAUCACGGCUUAGCGUGGCAAUAUAUUCGGACAGCAGCGAUGCUCAUAACAUCUAUUUUCGGGAGUCCUAUCGAAAAUACCGAUUUAGUUCUCUGUACGUCGACUGUUAGGCUGUACAACGCGAAGAGAGUUGGAAGCAUCGGCUAUUUUCGACUAAACGCCCACGUGUUUCUUACGCAGUUCGCGUAACAGAAGUGUUUUCGAUCCCCGAAGUCGCUGGCUUUUUUUUCUUCUUUCUUUUCUUAGGUAAAUCUUUCUCUGAAAAUGUGUACGUCGUACUAAAACAGUAAUAAAAGCGUGCGCAAAAUUUCAAAUUAAAAUCUUGCAUUCUUCCAUCGGUAAAAAAUAUGUUUAUAACAGCCCGACAGGCGCCAUCGUUACUUCGCGAAACAUUCACUCUCGAGUCGCGUAACGUUUCGUGUUUACGAGAAGCUUGUGUUUCUCUUUGAUCGUCGAGUUUCUGGUAAAACGCCAGUACUUUUUGCCGAUUUUAUUAGAAACAAAGCUGCCACUUGGAAAUCCAAUUACCCUGGAAUACAUUUUGGUG